AACCCCAUAGAGUUAGCAGCAACAAAUCACAUUAACAUUACAUCUCAACUCACUCUCACACUUUUUCUUUCUCCAUUUUCAUUCUUUCAUUACCUCCACAAAGCCCACCACCCACCAUUUUCUUCAUAUCAAAAUCUUUCACCUCUACAAGAUUGUUCUUCUUCUUCCCCAUUUUGAGCGCCAUGGAUCUCAACAUCUAUGGCCGCUCCGUUUCCAAGAUUUUCUUCUUCAUCUUUCUGAUCUUUCUUUCUUACACCACCGCUUCCAUUGCCGCCACAUUGCCUCAGAAGCCACUCUCCUCUUCCGGCCAAAUCAACUCCAACUCUGUUCUCGUCGCUCUCCUCGACUCACAUUACACUGAGUUAGCUGAACUCGUUGAGAAAGCGCUUCUCUUACAGACUCUUGAAGAAGCUGUUGGGAAACACAAUAUUACCAUUUUUGCCCCCAGAAAUGAAGCCCUGGAGCGUGAACUCGACCCCGAGUUCAAACGCUUCUUGCUUGAACCCGGUAACCUCAGGUCUCUUCAAACCCUCUUGAUGUUCCACAUUCUCCCCAAACGAAUCGGAUCCUCCGAAUGGCCCGAUGACAAAAAACCCAGGUCAACCAAACACAACACGCUCGGCAACGAUUUCGUCCACUUAACCAGCAAGAGUUCGGGGAAAAAAGCGAUUGGGUCAGCCGAGAUUAUCCGACCCGAUGACGUGAUCCGACCCGAUGGGAUCAUCCACGGAAUCGAACGCCUGUUAAUUCCCCGAUCGGUCCAGGAAGACUUCAACCGCCGCCGUAGUCUCCAGUCAAUCGCUGCCGUGCUUCCUCAGGGUGCGCCGGAGGUGGACCCCAGGACUCACAGGUUGAAGAAACCGGCAGCUCCGGUUCCAGCUGGGGCCCCUCCGGUUCUUCCCAUUUAUGACGCGAUGGCUCCGGGUCCAUCGUUGGCACCCGCACCGGCUCCGGGACCGGGUGGGCCACGCGGGCACUUUAACGGCGAGAAGCAAGUGAAGGACUUCAUCCACACGCUGUUACAUUACGGGGGUUAUAACGAAAUGGCGGAUAUUCUGGUAAACUUAACGUCGUUGGCGACGGAAAUGGGAAGGCUAGUUUCGGAGGGUUACGUUUUAACGGUUCUCGCGCCGAAUGAUGAAGCCAUGGCUAAGCUGACGACUGAUCAACUGAGCGAGCCGGGCGCGCCGGAGCAGAUUAUUUACUACCAUAUAAUUCCGGAGUACCAAACGGAGGAGAGUAUGUAUAACGCCGUUAGGAGAUUCGGGAAGGUGAAGUACGAUACGUUAAGGUUACCGCAUAAAGUAACGGCACAAGAGGCUGAUGGUUCCGUUAAAUUCGGGUCUGGUGAUGGAUCGGCUUAUUUGUUUGACCCGGAUAUUUAUACGGAUGGGCGGAUAUCUGUGCAGGGAGUUGAUGGGGUUUUGUUCCCGGAGGAGGAAACUCCCACGGCAACAAAACCGGCAAAUGUGAAGGUUGUGACCAAGCCAAGAAGAGGGAAAUUGAUGGAAUUAACUUGUAGAAUGCUUGGAACUGUUGGGCAGGAUUCCCAUUUCACUACUUGUCAAUAAACACAUAUUUAAAUUCCCUAUAAGAUCAAAAUUUGUAGCCAUGUAAACACACUGUUGUAGGAAGAUUUAUGUAAACACAAGGAAGGGGAUUGAACAGGCUGCAUGAUUUCCUCAUAAAAAUCCCACACAAAAAGAGAGUUUGAUGUUGUUUUGUUAUAAAUACUGUAAUUACAUAUCAUUUUUUAAUUAUUUUUUUUUCUUUUUUUGUUGUAAGACUCACUGCCACUAUAUCCAUGAACAAAUUUGGAAAAGUUAUCUCUGUUAUAUCAAUUGCUUGUGUUCUUUUUGCCUUA